AUGAGUAUUCGUCAUGGAGGAAAAUUAUCGUUGGGGGCAUUUACUUCUCCAAAUGAUGAUUUUAUCAGAAAAAUGUCCUCUGUUUCAAUGGAAGAACAACAAAGUUCAGAAAGUGGGGAUGGAGUGGAAAAACCACCAGAAAGUGAUGCUAUUCCACAUAUUAAUCUUGGAAAGAGUUUUCAAGCAAGAGUUAAGAAAUGGGCUGACAGAGCUAUUUCCUCUGAAGAAAGAGAAGCAAUCCCUGACAGAGACGAACGUUUAUUUAAUGCCUCAAGUAUCGAACAUAUUUCUCAACAAGCUUUGGCUGCUUAUGAAACUUUAGCUUGUUCUGUAGCCCUCCCAAAAUCUGGAAGAAAUAAAGAAUUAGCUUUACAUAUAUUGGCAGAAAAUAGAGGAAAUCUCCAAGCUGCUGUUAUGGAUUUACUACGUUGUGAUACACUUGAUUGGGAACAAUAUCCAGCAAUUUAUAACAGUCGUUAUGUUGAUGUAGAUAAUUGGAGCCCCGAAGAAAUUGCUUCUUUUCAAGAUGCAAUAUAUAAAUCGGAAAAAGAUUUUCAACAAGUUUCUUCUGAAUUAGGGAAUAGAAGUGUUUAUGAAUGUGUAGCCUUUUAUUAUACUUGGAAGAAGGCGUGUCCAGAUGAUUAUAGAAAAUUGAGAAAUUUAAGAAGGAAAAGGCAAUUGCUUGAACAACAAUUGGAUCUUGCCUCAUUUGACACUCGUCAACAACAAUUACAAAAACAUCCAAUGAAAAGGAUGCGGUGUGGAAUAGAUAAUUUAAUUACAAAUUCAGGGGAAGACGAAAAUGAAUUGUUAAGAAUUGAUGGAAAACAGGACGAAGAAUUAUCGGAAACAGAAUCUGAUAUAACAAAUCCUUCUCUUUUAAAUGUAAAUAUUCAAGGAAUGGAAUGUUGUUCUCCAACAACAAACAGAAAAUUAUCUGGAAAUCAACAAUGUCCUCCCCCAAUAGCCCCAAUCCCCAUUUCUGCUUCAAAUAUACUUGGAAAUGAAGGGGGAGGAGGAGGGAUAUCUUCAUUAAAUCAACUUUCUGUUUUACUUGGAAAUCAACAACACCAAAAUACCUCAUUACAACAACAUUUUAAUGGUGGAAGUAAUAAUUCUUUAAAUAAUUCUAAUUAUCCGUGGUUACACGGAACUGAUGGAAUAUUUCCGUCCCCCUCUUCCUCAACUACCUCAAAUAACAACGAAACACAUUUUGGUGUUGGCAAUCAUCAUGAUGGGGGAUUAUUAGGUGGAUUGGAAACAAUAAUGACAGCAGAUUUUGAAGGCCGUAAUAAUAAUCAUUUUGGAGGAACACAUAAAGUAAAAGGCCAGCAUGGAGCAGCAGUUAAAAAAGGUGCCCAACCACAGGCUGAUGGUUUCUUCCAUUGUAGGCUAUGCGAAAAACGAUUUGAAAAAGUUAAAUCAUUAAAUGCUCACAUGAAGUCUCACGCAAUGAAAGCUAGGGCUGAGGCGGAAGCUUUACAAAAAUCUCAACAACAACAACAAUCUUCUCUAGCUUUUCCAGUCCCUACAAAAAAAGAAAUUAUUUCUUCUUCUUCCCUUUCAAACAAUCAAGAAACAAAUCAAGCAGUUGCUGCUGCAGCCGCGGCCGCUGCUUCUAAUCCACUUGCUGGAGCUUUAGUAGCCAGUUCUGUAGCUUUGGGAAUGCCACAAGGAUUGCCUAGUGCUCAGGCAGCAAUGGCUGCUUUAAAUUCUUUGGGUAGACAAAUACAGCAACAACAACAACAGCCUUUUACUUGUGCAAAUUCUGGCUUUGGUUUAUUAAGAAAUAUGCUUCAAUAUGGACAGCAACAAGUAGCUGCUGCUGCUGUAGCUGCCAAUGAUGCUGCGCAACAAACAAAUGCUGCAGCUACUGCAGCAGCUAGAUGGCCGGGAAUUUAG